UUAAACGCCGGGGGAUCAGACAUGUCGCAAUAUAAGUACCUCUCGGGUUUCGGGUCGCACUUCUCCUCCGAGGACGAGCGGUAUCCCAAUUCCUUGCCUGUUGGCCAGAACUCACCUCAGGUGUGCCCCUACAAGCUCUACGCCGAACAGCUCUCGGGAAGUGCCUUCACAGCUCCAAGAACCGAAAAUGUGCGCACCUGGCUGUAUCGGAAGUUGCCCUCAGCUGUCCACCUUCCAUUCCAGCCCUUCGAAGGAGCCAAGUUCUUUAGGCAGAACUGGGAUGAACAACCACCAAAUCCCAAUCAGCUUCGUUGGAAACCAUUUGAUCUGCCACCAAAGAAUGGGAAGACUGUAGACUUUGUGGAAGGUUUGCAUACGGUUUGUGGUGCUGGCGAUCCCAGAUCUCGUCAUGGUCUUGCCAUACACAUCUACUCUUGCAAUUUCUCCAUGGAUAACUCUGCUUUUUACAACAGCGAUGGGGAUUUCUUAAUUGUUCCACAGCAAGGUGUUUUGGAUAUAACCACUGAGUUCGGAAGGAUGUCUGUGGCUCCCAAUGAAAUCUGCGUUAUACCUCAAGGAAUACGAUUUGCUGUUAAUGUGGAUUCCCCUUCCAGAGGUUACAUCUUGGAGGUCUAUGAUGGACACUUUGUUUUACCGGAUUUGGGUCCCAUCGGUGCUAAUGGUUUAGCUAAUCCCAGAGACUUUGAAACACCUGUGGCCUGGUUUGACGAUCAAGACAAGAAAGACUUCCAGGUAAUAUCGAAAUUCCAGGGUAGCCUCUUUGUGGCAAAACAAAACCACAGCGUCUUCGAUGUGGUGGCUUGGCAUGGCAACUAUGUGCCCUUCAAAUACGAUUUGUCCAAGUUUAUGGUGAUCAACUCAGUGAGCUUCGAUCACUGUGACCCCAGCAUUUUCACCGUGCUGACCUGUCCGAGCUUAAGGGCUGGAACAGCUAUAGCCGACUUUGUAAUAUUCCCACCCCGCUGGUCCGUACAGGAGCACACCUUCCGUCCACCCUAUUAUCAUAGAAACUGCAUGAGCGAGUUCAUGGGUCUGAUUCUGGGCAAGUAUGAGGCCAAGGAGGAUGGCUUUGCUGCCGGAGGGGCGACACUACAUUCGAUUAUGACCCCGCAUGGCCCGGAUGUUAAGUGCUUUGAAGGUGCCUCGAAUGCAAAGUUAGUGCCUGAGCGCGUGGCUGAGGGAACACAGGCCUUCAUGUUUGAAUCCUCUCUGAGUUUGGCCGUGACCAAAUGGGGCGAGGAAACCUGUCAAAAGCUGGAUGCAGCCUACUAUGAGUGCUGGCAAGCCUUGAAGAAUAAUUUCCAAAUUACUAAAAACUAAAAUAAUUUUACACACGGUGACAAUAAUAAAAGGACAUGUAAUUUCAUAGGUAAA